GAUACCCACCUUCUCCACACCCAAGAUCACAGAUGAUAAAUAUACGACAGCAAUGAAUCCCGUAAGAUUUCCAAAACGGGAGGGUGGGAGCUCUGUCGAAGAGAAGGAUCGGGUGGUGCAGCAGACCGACCAAGAUGCUUCCCAGUCGAGAUUGAGCGCUGUUGAAGCAGGCUAUCUUGAGGAUCCGUUCGCCAAGUUGUUUGUUGCUGGGGAGGUACAGAGGCGGUAUCCACUGAUAAAUAGAGGUGCGGGGUAUGGAUUAUAACUUUCCGGGCGUCUGAUUCUAACUGAGCUAUUCACUCUAGGGACGUACAUCCGCACAACAGCAAUUGACAAGCUGGUCAACAAUUUCCUAUCUUCUUCCCCUCGGACGCCAAAGCAGAUCAUCUCAUUGGGUGCUGGUUCCGAUACCAGGUUUUUCCGCAUAGCUUCCGCAAACCCGGGUGUGAUACAAAACCUCGUUUAUAGAGAACUGGACUUCCGAGCCAUCACCAGUCGGAAGAUUGCUUCCAUCACUACUUCCCCGGAGCUCCAAUCCCUCCUAUCGCCACAGGACCUCACGGUAGACCAGGUAAAUGGAAGCCUCACGUCAAAACACUACUCAAUCCACCCCCUCGACAUCCGCGCCCUCCACCCCUCCGCUGACUUCUCCGCCUCGAUAAACACUUCCAUCCCAACGCUCUUCAUUUCGGAAUGCUGCCUCGUCUAUCUAUCACCGACGGAAGCAGAUGCCAUUCUUAAAUGGAUAACGACAGACUUUUCCUCCUCGGUCGGUAUAAUAUUGUACGAGCCGAUCGGCGGGGACGAUGCCUUUGGCCGCGUAAUGAUACAGAAUCUCGCGGCGAGGGGAAUAGUCCUAAAGACGCUGAAAAAAUACUCUAGUCUCGAGCGGCAGGUUGAACGGUUAAGGGUUCUGGGAUUCUCGGAUGGGCAGCUCGCUGUCAGUGUUAAAGGGAUACACGAUGGGUGGGUUAGUGCAGGGGAGCGGGGGAGGAUCGCGGGGUUGGAGAUGCUGGAUGAGGUGGAGGAAUGGGAUAUGCUCGCUGCGCACUACUGUGUGGCUUGGGGCUGGAGGGAUAGGGGUGAGGUAUUUGCGGGGUGGCGAGAUGUGGGGCGGGGAGAUCAUUAACGCCCCCAUGUUGGGGGUGUGAUACUGUAGGAGGGUAAUGGAAUGGGAGAUUGCGCAGUUGGUUAUGAUACUAGGAUAGUGGCUAGAUUAAGCUCAAUUUUGCGCUCCAUGAACUCAAUUAAUUCUGCAAU